AACAAAGACAAAAUGUUAUCACGGUAGUAAGCAAACAUCGCCUUUCUCUCUCUACCUCUCUCUCUCUCUCUCUCUACAAUGCAAAGGCAAUCUCUAGGCUCACCAGUUUCCAAGCUCCACGGCCAUGGCGCCGGAGCCAAAUCCGAUGGACUUCCGGCCGACGAUCAAAAGCGCAAGAAACACUCUCCAUCUUCUUCCUCAAUUGUCAUCUACGACGGACAAGACGACGAUAAAGUCUCUAAAUCUUUCCGAUUCUCAUUUCCAUCGCCUUCUCCUCCGCGGCAGGAGAACCUCGUUCACGCCAUCCCUAUCCUUACCAUUAUCUGCUUCCUCAUCCUUUACAUCUGCUCGCACACUCCUUCGCAGUCAGAUUUGGCUCAGUUUCAUAGAUUCAAGCGUCCUUCUGAACAAUUAGCAGAAAUCAAAGCCGAUGGAGACGAACUUAUUGUGCCGAAGCAAGGCAACAUUCUGGCGAUUCAGAGUUUCCGUAAACUAGAAGAGAUCGAAAAAUCAUCCUCUCUUAAAUCUCGCUCUCCUAGGAAACUCGCGGAUUUCUAAACUCCGCAUUUCCGAUCAUCUGAACUUCCGGUAAAAUCUCACUGACCUCGUUUUCGCCGUACGGCUUCACUCGCCGCCGCGUGUGCUUCUGUACAUCAAAUACUCCGCCGGAUUAAAUCGUUUUUAUUCCACUUUCUUUUAGUUUUCCAAGUUUUUUUGUUCGCCUCUGCGCUGGCGGCACUUCUGUAACUUCCGAUUAGAUACUAUAAUCUUAAUCUAAACAAAGAAUAGUUGAUCAGAAAACAGAACCAGUUACUGAAGCACCGAUAGUUCACGUGAACUGCCGGCGCCGGCGCGGCGGAUAUGAAAAUGGAAUCCAGCUGGAGUAUAUUUACUGCUAUUUUCGAUUUUCCGAAUCGGACCGUUACAGAAUUGGGAGAAGGGCCAAUACGCCAGUUGGAAAAUACUGGCGUAGCUGCGGGAGUCAGGUUCUUUCUUCCUAUCAAAUUUACUUUUAGGCCCUCUAUCUAUUACCUAUUUAUCUUUAGGCCCUCCGUCUAUUGCCUAUUUAUCUUUAGGCCCUCCGUCUAUUGCCUAUUUAUAAUUUGUGGCAUCUGCUGUGCCGUUUAAUUUAAUCUCAUACCUCACCAAUUUUUCUU